CUCCCUCCUAUAAGUACCGAGCCAGGCGAAACCCUAGCACUCUGUCCACCACCAGCCGCCGCCAUGUCGAAGCGAGGGAGGGGAGGUUCCGCGGGGAACAAGUUCCGGAUGUCGCUGGGUCUGCCGGUGGCGGCGACGGUGAACUGCGCCGACAACACCGGCGCCAAGAACCUCUACAUCAUCUCCGUCAAGGGCAUCAAGGGUCGCCUCAACCGUCUCCCGUCCGCCUGCGUCGGCGACAUGGUCAUGGCCACCGUCAAGAAGGGGAAGCCCGAUCUGCGUAAGAAGGUGAUGCCUGCCGUCAUCAUCCGCCAGCGCAAGCCAUGGCGCCGGAAGGACGGCGUCUUCAUGUACUUUGAAGAUAAUGCUGGAGUGAUCGUCAAUCCCAAGGGUGAGAUGAAAGGAUCUGCUAUCACCGGACCAGUCGGGAAGGAGUGUGCUGACCUUUGGCCCAGGAUCGCCAGCAACGCAAACGCCAUCGUCUGAAAGCUUUGCUGGAAGUUGUUAAGACUGCUAUAUGUUGUCAGUGUCAGUUGCAACUGUGUUGCCAUGGAUAUUGUGGAGCUCUGUGUUUCUCCAUGUUGAUUUGGCAUCUCAGUUUUUACUCCUUGUUGCUAGUGGAAUUGUGACUUCGUGUCUGUUUCUGCAACUCAGAUUUGUAGUGAACCCAAAAUUUUCUAUCUAUUACUGUUUGUGGUGUCAA